GUGGUUCUGGAUGGGGCGGUUAGGUAGGCGCUCGCGGGAAGUGGGGCCUGGGCCCCUUCCCAAAGCUAUCGCGGCGCUGAGCCGAGCAUUACCUGGAGGACUCAGCCCUGAGACCUUCCGCAAGGCUAAAUUCGACCUCCCUGAGGUGGUCGAGGAGCUUUGGUCUCAGCUUUUCUCCCUCCUGUGGCUCAUUCAUCCGGAGAGUCCUGUGGCCCCCAGGGAUCCUCCUGAUGCCCUAGAGGGCCAGAUCCGUUUUGUAAAGUGUGUACUGCGCUGCCAUGGCUAUGGAAGACAACAUUUUUACCAGAUUCCUGAAGUUGGCUCUCAUGGCAGUUGUGAGCUAUUGUUGGCCUUCUCUUGGCUACUUGCAUACCUCAGCCUGCCAGAGCGAUUUCUGUGGCAAAAUUGUGUACACCAGGGUGAUGAUGUCUGGAUCUGCUCGUGUAAGGACUUGGCCAGCUAUCCAGUCCCAUUGGCCCUUGGACCUAAGGGAAGGGUAGACAUUCAUUAUAUUCAGUGGCUGCUUGGGAAACUGCGUUUCCAGUGGCGGAGUUUGUAUGCCAGCCAGCAAGAACAAUGCACCCUCUUGAAUAAGAUUCAUUUGUACACAAGAGGCUGUCAUCCUGACCAGAGCAUUGGCCAUCUCUCUGUCCCUGAAACAGAACUCCUCAGGUUCCCAGAAAGUAGCAAGCAACUGUUGCAGCAGUUGGAAUCAGAAAAUUCUUGCCUGGAAGCUUUUCUGGAGUGGAAGCAUAUGGAGCUGGUAUAUUGGCAGUGGAUGGACACAGUGCUGGAUGCCUGUCCUGUAAAUAUUCUUAAUUCUGGUAAGCAGAAUGUAUUUUUGCCAGAGAUCCUAGAAUACUGCAGCCCUAAGAACAUAAUUGGGGAGAUGGACAGAGUACAGAAGAACUUAGAGGCACUGAGACAAAGACUUCAGGAGGCUGCGAAUCAGCAGAGAGCAACAUGGUAUACCAAGGUCGGCAGGUAUUCCCAGAGGCUCCCAAGGCCGGCAGAGCUAAGCACUGUUGUGAUGAAAGAAAUCCAGGAGGCUGUGGGGUAUGAGCUGGCAGCUCUGGAGCAGGACUGUGAGAUGAAGAGCUGGCCCCAUUGGCUACAGAGACUUGUGUUUAGAGAGGCUAAAGAGCAUAGCAAUGGUGGGACCCACCAAGUGACCAAAGUAAUCCAGGUACUGAGGAGGGAGGAAGCUACCCUUGAGAAAAUACUCAGAAGGUUACAGGAGGAAUGUCAACAAGAACUGGCCAUUCUGGCACAUGGACUGGAGGGGGGUGAUCUGGAUCCUUCCACCAUAUCCUAGGUGGUGAAAGGAUGUCCCCAUGAACAUGCUUUUGCCUGUGUGGCCUAGCUUCAGUCUUGAAAUUUACUGUUUUCCAGAUGUUGUGCCAGUUCAUGAUCAUGAUUGUGGAGGGAAGAAUUAAAGCAGGAAUGUGGGCUAAAUCUUCAGCCAGACCAGUGCUAUGUCUAGCGAACCUCUUAUUACUUCUUUGUAACUACCUCUGUCUCCCUUGUACUACCCUCCAUAGGCUACCUCUUUGUCUAUGACUUCUCAAGCAAGUGGUAUCCACUCCACUGGUGUAUCUCCAGUUCUAGGAGUUCUACCUACCCAUAAUUAAUACCCAUUAGUGCUAGUUCUGGCCUUUGGGGCCAAACAAAUAAUUGUUCUCUGUGAUGGCCUUUUAGGUAUUUAUGGACAUGAUCAUGUCCACUCUGAGAUGUCUCUGGGCUAAAUGUACCUAAUUCCUUCAAUUUAUCCUUAAAAAAUUGAAUUGCUUCCACAUCCUUGUCACUUUCUGGACUUGCUUCAUUUUGUCUAUGUGAAACCUUAAAUGUUAUAUCAGAAUACUUGAGAUGUGGGUUUGACCUGGGCAGAGUAUGUCAUUUCCUUGUAUUAUGCCUGCCAUUUAAGUCCUCCACAAUAUGGUUCUAAACUACCUUUAUAGCCUUAUUUCAUAUUACUCCUUUAAUGUAGUUAUACUACAGCUAGAAGUUGUUCACAUGCUCAAAGUUUCAUUCUCUUUUCUAAUCCCAUCUCAUAUGUUUCCAUAAACUGUUUUCCUAUCCCUGGAAUGCAGUACUCUCCUCAUCUCCAUCUUUUAGCUUCCUGAUCUUCUUUUAAGGCUCAGCCAAGGUAGUACCUCCUACAUGUAACCCUCCUCUAACUAAAGUGUUCUUUUUAUUCUUAGGGUACUUCCUGUAUCUCUCCUUUGUCCCUUAUCACUUCCUACCUUGUAUAUAUCUCUAUCUCUAUCUUAUCUUCAUAUCUUUAUCUUCCUCCUCACCCUCCAGUAGACUGUAAGCUCCUUGAGAGCAGAGAUUUAAUUUUUAGAAUUGCUUCUCAAUUCCUCGAGUAUUUUAGGUAUUU